AUGGUGGUCGUCUUCUCCGUAUUCCGGCCAACUAACACCCCUGAAACAUCCACACACACACAUUCCUCAAUUGCACAAGGACCCAACCACCCUUCGGUGGCGGUUGGCUACGACAACAACCCGGAGAGGCGGCAGCGACGGCUUGACAGCGACAUCUUGCGGCGACGUGUCGCGACUGAUGACAAGACUAAAGAGGAGGCGAAAAGGUGGCGGCAGGCACAACCCUUGACGGAAGGAACUAGCAGCGAGGUGGCGACGACAACAAAACCCUCCGCUGAUGAUAACAUUGGUGGCAGGACGGAGAGAAGACGCAUGCUUGCAUCCUUGUCGGCAACUGGGGUAGCAACAGUGCUAGGAGGUCGUCGGCACACUUCGGCAGCAAUGUCGUUAGCUGGGAAAGGAAUUCACACCAACUUCGACGUCGGUCUUCUGCUUCCUCGGUUUACCAGUGGUGACUUGUGGUGGCGUUGGUGUAACAUCCCAAAAAUACGGGCCAAAAAUUUCGUUUUUAAUUAA